AUGACGGCGGGCUUGGCCGACUGCACGCCCUUUCACAGCCUCGCUGGCGGGCUGAUGAUGGCUUCAUCGUUACAUACGCUGCUGUCAAAGUCAGGAAUGGUCCUCGGCAUCUCGGGCUUCUUUCAUUCAACCGUGUCGUCGACCCUGGGAGCAAUCAAGGGCGAUCCAUCUGCAUCGCAAUCUUCAAUCUUCCCGCUUGCUGCUCGAUACUUCACGGCAGGCAUCUUGACCGGGGGCGUCAUCCUUGGUCUGUCCCGCAAUUGGGUCGAGGCCGGGCUCGGCGUGUCGAUUCUGGACGACGUCACCAAUGUCCAUCGCGCUUCCCUGCUCAAAUUGGCCGGGCUCGGCGCGAUGGUAGGAUUCGGCACCAAGCUGGGCAACGGUUGCACAUCCGGACACUUCCUUUGCGGGCUUUCGAGGCUGUCACUGAGGUCGCUCGUGGCCACUGCGACCUUCUUUGGUGUUGCUGUCGCGACCCGGGUCACAACGACGGCCCCUUCUGCGACCUCAUCAGCGGCCAUCAAGACUACAUUCGCUAGCCAUCUUCCAAGCAUGUUCCCGCAGCCUGACUUUGGGACGCUCCUCGUACUUCAAGCUCCCGCGAUCAUCUACCGCAGCGUGCCCGGCUUACUCGGAGCCAUCGAUCCUUCUGCGCCACCACAAGAGAACAGAUCGUAUCAACUGAUCGCAGCAAGGAUCAUGGCCUUCUUCGUAGGCAUCCACUUCUCCUUCGCCCUCGCCGUCAGUGGGAUGAUGAGACCGACCAAAGUGCUCGGCUUCCUCUCUUUGUCGCCCGAGCUCAUCUCUUCCGGUGCUUGGGACCCUUCUCUAGCGAUGGUAGCUAUCGGUGGUAUCAUCCCUGCCUCGAUUGCUUACUUCCGCGAGGUCAAGCCAAAGCAGGACGAGCUGCGUCGACGCAGCGCUCAGUCCGAUUCCAAGAGACCAGCCAAGCUCGACACGCAGCUGCAACCGGAAUUGUCGCUCGUCGCGCCCGAAUGGAGAACGCCAGCCAACCCUUCGAAGAUCGAUCUUCGACUCAUCGGCGGAUCUGUGCUGUUCGGCCUCGGAUGGGGGGCGACCGGACUGUGUCCUGGCCCGGCAUUGACAUCACUCGCUUCUCUUAGUGUCGAGACAGUCACCCGCAGCAGCUCAUCGGGCGUCCUGGACCUGUUCGUCUUCGUCGCUUCCAUGGCUGUUGGUGGACAGAUCGCCAGCUCGCUAUGA